CUCCAGGGUAGCUCGCCAUGGGAUCCUGCUUAUCUAAUUUUUGCUCCACUGGCUCCGUGGCAGCACCAGCACCAGCACGACCAGUCCCAGCAGCGCCAGCACAAGCACAGGCACGCACGUCACCCACUGUCAGCCUGCAAGCCGCCGACCUGUUGUCCAUACCCGAACCACCACCACCACCAUCACCCAUUCUCAUCCAUCAGCAUCACCAACCCAAAAGUGACGAUAACGACGACGCAGAGCCGCCAAUCCGAUCCACAAUGGCUGAACGCGCCCUCUCCCAGGUCCUCGGCCAGCUCAAGCACUCCCCGUCCAUGAGCUACGCCGACGCAAACACCCUCCUCUCCAAAGCAAAGCUCGCCCUCCUCCACCUCAAGGCCCUCACCCCGUCGCCAGACGUCUCCUCCGGCCUUCUCGCCCUUGCCCGCGAAACAUACGAGCAGGGUGCCCUCUUCGCCAUCCGCGCCCGCAACCCAGACGCCUUCACCCGCUACGUCCAGCAGCUCCAGCCCUUCUACGAGCUGCCCUCGUCCCGCCUGCAGCCCAACCUUGCGGAGCGCAACAGAGUCACCGGCCUCAGCCUGCUGCUGCUCCUCACACAGGGCCGCUACGCAGAGUUCCACUCCGAGCUCGAGAGCCUGGCUAACCGCGACGGCGGCGGCAACGUGGGCGAUGUCGAGGGCGACAAGUAUCUCGGAUACCCCAUCAGACUCGAGCGCUGGCUCAUGGAGGGCAGCUACGAUCGCGUGUGGAAGGCCAUGAAGAGCAGCGAGGUGCCCUGUGAUGAAUACGGCGUGUUUUCAGAAAUCCUCAAGAACCAGAUCCGAUCGGAAAUUGCAAGCAGCUCCGAAAAAGCAUACCCUUCCCUGCCCAUCAGCUCGACAAAAUCCCUCCUCUUCCUCGACUCGGAGGGCGAUGUCAUCAAGUUUGCACAGCACCGCGGCUGGGUCGUCCGCGACGGACAUAUUUACUUCCCCCAGGCAAGCGACGACGAGGACGGAGAGCAAGGCAAGGAUAUGAGCCAAAUGGUCAUUGAGAAUACCCUAGGCUACGCCAGAGAGCUGGAGACCAUUGUGUAAAAUAAACAAAAUAGAUAAUGCUAUCAAAUUAUGACGAUCAAAAUCACAACGAACAACCACAACCUAGCGCAUCACAACAAUAGUAGUAACAAGAUGCAUUAGUUUUGGUAUGGUAUAGAAGUGAUAUACACGAAUGGUAGUAGAACUAAUGCAUUUAAUACGGGGGGACAGUCAUUUUGUAUAAUGCAAACUGUGAAUUUUCUCAAAUAAAGUACCCGUCUAUCUUUGGAUACCUACUUUUUUUUGUCAAACCAAGAGUGUUGGUAUGCUCUGCCACUACCUCGUUAUCAUUAUCCGUCAAAAAAACAGGGGCAAUUCCCCGUUCUCUCUAGCUUUCCAUUCACGUCCUUUAGGCAAAGAGCUUCAGCCCACUGCCAUGCUUUCCAAUCUCACAGACUCCGCAGACACGGCACACUGAGCCCUUGUACUUUGUGUGGUACUUGGAGCCGUCAAACGCGCAUGUCUCGUACGAAGUUCCGCUGUAGAUGGGUGUGUAGCUGGCAGCACACACUUCAAACUCGGCAAACUGAUCAAACUCAAUCUCAAUUGCGUCGUUGGGGUUGCGCUCGCACUGAGUCUUUGUUCUCUUGGCCUGUAACAUUGAGUUAGUCCCUUGUUGUGUCUUAUUGGUCAUGCGGCUAAAACUUACAUUUUCUACAAUCUUGCUGGCACCACCGUUGGCAAUAAUACGGUUCGCAAAGCUCAGAGCCGAACCGUAGUUCUUGUUCUUGACGGCCAGCUGCAUGGCGCUGAGCAGGGCGAGCUGACGAUGCGGUACUUCAAUCUUGGGGAUGGUAAAGUACGCAGACAACUCCAAGCUUCGCUUCAGCUUAGUAGAGUCCGCAGCCAGGGCCUCAGCAUUACCAAGCUUUCUUCUCUCCAACUCAAUUUCCAUGGCCAAAGCAUAUUCCGCAGCCGAUGUGAUGAGCUUCUUGGCAUCAGCAGCCUCACUCUCGCUCGAAACAGCGUUGACAAAGAUGGCGUGUAAAAUGCUCUUGAAGAUUUGGACGCCGUCUUCCAGCUUGUUCGCCUUCAUCGUAUCGUAACCCUUCUGCAGGUCAUUUCCAGCAAGGUACUCGAGGUCUCGGGGAACAAUGGGCAAAACUUCGCGGGGGUCUGUCUCGUCAACAGUUCUGCGAACAUAGUUGAUCAAAGGAGGUAGACCGGCAGAUGCAGGAAGGAAGGUCUUGGAGGCCUGGUACACCUCCAAGAAGCGCGGCUUAAGGGGAGCAAAGUUGACCGCACCAACCUGUCUGUUGAGGAGCUGCAUGGCCGUCUCGAAUGAACCACCAGCAACGUGAUCCACCGCCAGAGGCGAGUUGCGAGCCCACAGCUCAGCUUCACUGCCACCGGCACCACCAGCUUCCUCAGCAUCAACGUUGACGAAGUCGCCGUCCGCCUCAGGCAUGGCAUCGUCGCCCAUGUCCCAGCCAGCAGCAUCCUCAUCAUCAUCGUCAGCUAAGGCACCGUUUGCUCCCGCGCCAUCUUCAUCCAUAGCAUCAUCCAAUCCACCAACGCCGGCUUGAGCGCCGUUGUCUUCGAGCGACAAGUUCUCAACUUGACCAAGCAGAGCCUUCUCAAAGACAGAUUGAGAGCCAACCUUGGUGGGCCAGUUGGACUUGAAGGUAGGAACGACAGCCUUGGGUGUAGAGAGUGGCUCGCCGAUUGUAGGAGUGGUGAGCUGGUCCUCCGUCAGACCAGUGGCCUCAAGGAUAGCCUGGCAUUCUUCUUCAAGUCCAUGAGACUUGGCAGUCAUAUAAGCAAGAGGAUACAGGUCAAUCUCCUUGAACAUUUGGAUUCGGUCCUCGACCUCGCCAAGGUAAAGCGCAUUGUGGAAGCGAGCGGUAAAGUCACCACGGUGCUCGGCAAUCUUAGCCAUACGAGCAAGCUUAGAGUGAUCACCAGUGGCAAGGUAGAGGAAGGAGAGCUUGUCAAAUUGCUUCAGCUUCUGGUACGACAUCUCAACGAUCUGAUGGUUACCAUGGGCCAGGGCUUCAGUUCCGAGGCGGCUCCAGAAUUUGGGUUUGUCCAGCUCCUUGGCCAUUUCGAUAGCGACAUCGAGGUUACCGCAUUCAACAGCAAGAUCAAAUCGGGUCGUGGGAUCCUGAACAAACUGGAGAGCAAUCUCGGGAUAUCCCUUCUUUUGAAGAUAUGAGAUGAUGGAUUGACCAACCAAGCUCGAGUUGCGGAUAAUGUGAAGCAUUUCAUCGUAGUUUCUCUUUACUAGCGCAAGCUUGAAGCGGUAUUCAGUAGGGUCGAUUUGCAGAACGCGGGGCUUAGCAGAGCGAUCCAAGCAGUAAACAUUGCGUCCCUUGACCUUGACGAGAUAGACGGUUUGGUCCAAGGUUCGCACAAUGCCGUUAUCGCCGUUGAGCAGUGUGUACUUGACGUGGUUGAGGGUUGAGUAGAGCAGAACACCAGCAUCGUCCCAUGUAGCACUCUUGAUACGAAUAGUUUCAUGAAGCGUGCUGACCUGCUCAAGGGUCUUUGUGACAAUAGUGACAUUGUGCUUGCUAAGCAGAGCAGCGUAGAGGCCAUCGUUGGACCACACGACGUACUUGACACCAUUAACACCGAGCUCGGCGACACUCUUCUUCUGCUGAACAUCAUACAUGUGCACAGCAGUAGGUGUAAUAAUGAGAAUGUUGCCAGUACCACCAAAGUAGAUAUCCGUAGUACCAGCUGGGGGUUUGAAGGAUCGGGUGAUGUUGUUCGAAAGGUCUUUGAUGUCAAUGUUUUGCGUCGACGUGUUGAGGACGGCGAAUCGGUUUCUAGCAACAAAGAUGGCAGAGUUGCCGCUACCCCUCUUGGACUCGGUAGGCUCAAUGGUGCCGGAGCCGUCCUUGGGCAAGCUGACCAGCUCGUAAGAGCCGCCGUCCGCGGGAGUUGUGACCAAAACAGAUCGCUCAGCAGGGUUAUAAGACAGAGUGCGAGGGGUAACCCAAGGGCUUCCGAGCUUCUUCAGAGACAAUAGUGUUGGGCUCUCGACGUUGCGCUGGAAAUCGUAAGACUUGACAUGUUUCUCCUUGUUGAUAUAGAAAAGUGCGUUUUGGUGCAAGGCACCAGCAGGGCGUUCGCGCUCUAGUUUGAAGACCAUGACACCGUUGUCGUGGCCAGCGGCAAAUAGAUUAAUCUCGGGAUGAGCUGCAAUAACCCAAACUCUGUCAUUUUCCCUCUUGAAUGACUGCACAGCGGUGCGCUUGUUGAGGUCCCAAACACGGAUAGUCUUAUCCUCUCCGGCAGAGAGAAUGAGAUCCUGAUGAGGGUGGAAAAGACAGCCAGUGACGUUUUGGAAAUGUCCUCGGCAAGUGUCUACUUCCCAAGCCUUGGUCUCGCUCAUGCGCCACAGCUUGACGAGGCGGUCGUCAGCACACGACACGAUGAGCGGCAUGGUAGGGUGGAAGGCGACCCAGUUGACGCCACGGUCGUGGCCCUCCAACACGAAUUUGACGACAGCGUCGGUGUUGCCAAACAUGUCGGUUUGGUUCUGGCUCGCUCGUGCCAUUUGAUCCUCGAAGCUCAUUGAUGAAGGAGCGGAGUGCUUCUUUCGCAGGCCGGAAAUGUCCCAAACGCGAACUGUUUGAUCGAGCGAUGCAGAGACUACAAGAUCCUCCUUGGGAUGGAACUGAGCACACAUGGUAUAGUGGUUAUGGCCAGUCAUUGUGCAAACUAUGUCAUGAUUGGUUAGCAUUUCGUUGUAUAUUCAGUCAAAGCGGGGCACGGCCGUACUUAGGGAUCUGUUCUGCCAGUUCCAUAUACGAAUGGUCUGAUCAUCGGAAGAGGAAAUAAUCCAUGGGAGUUCAUGAUGGAAAUAAACGGUUCGGACGUAAUCGAGAUGGCCGUUGAGGGUGAAAAGGCAGCGUCUUGUUUGCAGAGACCAAACCUUGAUCUUAUAAUCGUCGCCUGCCGACACGAAGAGGGGCUGUGUUUUAUGGAAGUCGACACCACGAACGGGGCCAUCAUGUUCUUCAAAUCGAUC